AUGAUUUCUUCCAAAAUUAUUUCAAUUGCCACGACAUUAUAUUUGGCUUCAUUAUUAUUUUCAGCUAUUUUAGUCAGUUCAGCUAAAAUCGAGUGUACUAAAAAUACUGCCAGUUUAAUUAAAAAAUUCAAUGUAAGGAAAGAUAGAUUUGUGGUUUUGCUUGAUCAUAAAAAAGGGUCAACUGCUUCUUCAUCAGAUCUUGCCCAACAUUUAAAAUUUUUUAAAGAAUGCUGGGGUAUGGAUUCUGAACCAGCUUUAAAUGGCAAAGUUUCAACCAAUAAACUUUCAAAAGAUAAACUAUCACACUUUUCUGUUGGUGUUCUUAGUGGUUAUAUUGGUUUUUUUAAUCCUCCACUUGCUAAACAAAUUAAAUUGUUGUUGCCUAACGUUAAGAUGGUUCAAAAGGAAUCGAAAGUGAAGGCGUUUGCUCCUAUAACAACAAUUACUCGAUCGACUAAAUUUUUCGACUUGGAUCUUAUAGAUCAAAGAGAUCGUAAUUUGGAUGGAAAAUUCCAUUUUCCUAGUCCAGCUGGUCAAGAUGUAGAUGCAUACGUGAUUGACACCGGUAUAAAUAAAAAUCAAACAGAAUUUGGUGAUCGUGUUAGGUUUGGUGCUGUUUUUUGCGCUCCAUGUUUGGCAAAAGAUGAUAAUGGCCAUGGCACCGCAGUAGCAAGUCUCAUUGGUGGUAAAAAUUUUGGUGUAGCGGAAAAAGUUAAUCUUAUAGCAGUUAAAGUACUUGAUGCAAACGGUUCUGGAACUAAUGUAAAUGUUAUAUUAGGAAUGUUGUUUGUGUUAAAGGAAAAGUUAGAAAAAAAUAGAAAUGUAAUUGUUAAUAUGUCGCUUGGUGGUGGGAAGAAUCAAUUAAUAGACUUGGUGGUUAAAACUCUUACGGAUAAUGGUGUACAUGUCAUUGUAGCUGCUGGUAAUGAAGGACAAAAUGCUUGUGAUACCUCACCUGCAGGAGCACCAACAGCAAUUACAGCGGGUGCAACUGAAGAUACAAGUAUGUCAAUCACUAGUUUCUCAAAUUUUGGAUCUUGCGUUGACAUUUUUGCUUCUGGUAGAAACGUUCCUGUUCUUUUCAAGGGUAAAUCUACAUUAUCUGGUACAAGUUUCUCAUCUCCAUUAACUGCCGGUGUUGUUGCUGUAAUAAUCAGUACUACUGGUAAUCUUAGUCCUGAAAAAAUGGCUGAAAAAGUAAUUUCGGAAAGUACCAAAGAUGUUGUUGAAAACCUGCCAUCAGGCACACCAAAUAGAUUCUUAUUUCUUCCCCAAAUUUAA